UAUCACGGAGGAGUGGGGAAUGUAAAGAUGUAUUUGGUGCGAGAAUCCGGCUGAACAUGGAUAAAGUUGCGGAGAAUGAUGUAUUGGAUUCCGAGACUCAUGGGGUAGUAGAUUGCAAACCGCCACCAGAAAGGAACGGCCCUUUUUCAUCGCUGUGCACUAGGCGAGGUCAUUCGAAGAUGAUAUGGAUGGUUUUGCUGACGUUUGCUGCUCUCAGCGCGGACAAAGGAUUGACAUCUGCAGAUGUUCUGAUGAUCAGACUGGUGAAUGGAAGCACUCCCUGCUCUGGUAGAGUGGAAGUACUCCACAACAACACAUGGGGAACAAUUUGCGAUGACUACUGGGAUCUUGCGGAUGUUGUCGUCGUUUGCCGGCAACUAAAUUGCGGCUUCGCUGGAGAAGCACAUGGAUCUGCAAAGUUUGGACAAGGUUCACAGAGCAUCUGGCUAGAUGAUGUGAAAUGCAUUGGGUCCGAAGAUUCUUUAGGAGAAUGCACGACGCACCCGCUGGGGAGACAUAACUGUAAUCACAGAGAGGACGCUGGAGCAGUCUGCAUCCAAGAUAAACCACCGAAACCCAGAAUAUCAAUCAACAGAUCUCCCGAUAUCUUUGUCAAAGGAGAGGAUGUAAUUAUUCAUUGCACCUCUUAUGGCUUUUACACUACUGCAGUGUUUUAUCUGUUCAAGAACUAUCAGAACAUGCACAUUGCAUCGAAAGCCCCUUCCUCGAGAGGAAAUUCAGCUGCAUUUAUGUUCUCGAAUGUCAACGCUGAACACGAAGGGAACUACACCUGCAGCUAUGACGUUGAACUUUCUGGGAGGGCCUACAAGUCGGAGAAAAGUGACAAGGUCACUAUUGUUGUCAAAGACCAUCUGGUGAGCCCACAGAUAAGAUUGAUCGUGCAGUCCAACGUGCUGAUGAAAGGACAGCUUCUUGAGAUUACGUGUGAAGGGCCGUAUUACUUCACAGGAAACCGGUUCUACCUGUACAAACACGGAGAAGACAACUUCAUCAGGUCCCAAAUUGCCUCCUAUCGGACGCCCAAAGUCAGCUUCCAAAUUCCGGAUAUCACUAAAUCAGAGGAAGGGCACUACUCUUGCGAAUACCAGGCAGAGAUCUCAGGACGACUCUUCAACUCGACCCGCAGCACGGACAUAACAGUUGAAGUAAUUGACGACGUACAGAUACGAUUGAUUGAUGGUGAAAACGACUGUUCGGGCAAAGUCCAGGUCUAUUAUAACGACACAUGGGGUUCAGUUUGUGCCGACAAUUGGGACAUUAUAGAUGCGCAGGUAGUCUGCCGGCAACUGGGCUGCGGAUUUCCCAACAGAAAAACGAAUACGUAUGUUGGUGAAGUCACUGAACCUAUAUUCAUGAAUGUUGUGAGGUGUGGUGGCGCCGAGAAACAUCUAUGGGUUUGUCCGGCAAGAGCAUGGAGUAAAGGCAUUACCUGCGGAAGAGCGGGAAGCGCAAGUGUCGCCUGUUUAGCGGAACCGCCACAACCGAACUUUAACGUAAGGGAAAAUGGUGUUUUCUUCAAAGGCGACACCAUUGAGUUUGUAUGCAGCGUUCACUAUCUCUAUAAAGAUGCCAAAGCAUUUCUCUACAAGAAGGGAGAAGAAGCUCCGAUCCUGUCCAGGCAGAUUACCGACAGACUUAAUGUGGUGACUUUUAAUAUCUCCAAUGUUAACCAGACCCAUGAAGGUACCUAUUGGUGCAACUAUCAAAUAGAAGUGUCAGAGAUCGUCUUCCAGUCCGCGAACAGCACACCAAGGGAGAUUACCGUUAUGGAAAAUUCGAAACUUCGUCUGGUUGGUGGACCCAAUUCAUGUUCUGGGAGAGUGGAAGUUUACUUCAACAGCUCGUGGGGAGCUAUCUGUGCUUCGGGUUGGGACAUCCUCGACGCAAAUGUUGUUUGCCAACAGCUUGGAUGUGGAUUCAGCCGGUCAGUCGCCGACGCUGGCCAUUUUGGAGAAGGGAGUGGGCCAAUUAUAUUCGAUCAAGCGCGCUGCACCGGAUCGGAGUCAUAUCUGUGGUCGUGUCCGGUGCAAUCGAUCAAUCCUAGAAUUUGUCGUGAGCAAAACGAUGCUGGUGUUUUUUGUUCAGAUAAUCCACAGCGUCCGGAAAUUGAUCUCUUACGAUCAUCCAACGUUUUUGCGCAAGGAGAGACGGUAAAAAUUCAAUGCGCUUCGCCUAGAUACCUUAAAGGGGGAACGUUUCACCUACAGAAAGUCGGCGAACCUGAAUGGUUGCUUUCCAUGGUUUCGGACGCAGAGUAUGCGAAUGUCACCUUCUCUGUGGAAGAUAUAAAUAUUACUCAGGCCGGAUACUACACUUGCAUGUACCAAUUACAGAGAGGUGGGAAGUGGUACAAUUCUACGGUGAGCGACAGACUCAAGGUUACCGUGAUUGAAAAACCAAGUAAACCGACGAUUCAGUUGUUCCGAGAGCCCACCCACUAUUCACUCGGGGAAUUCGUUAGCGUUCGAUGUACGGCCUCUCCCAAUUUCAUGGGGGCAAUAUUCCUGCUGUGGAAGGUCGGCAGAAACCAACCGGUGAUUUCCAAGCCUGCGGCGGGUUUCUCUGUGACGUUUUCAGUCGCUAACGUCACUCAGGCGGACGACGGAAACUAUACCUGCUCAUACCAGCUGAAAAGAUCGGGAAAACUAUACAACUCAACGAAGAGUGACCCUGUGCCUGUGACAGUGACAGAGGAACUGCAGCGACCGUCUAUUUCUGUGCUGAGAGUGUCCACCGAAUUCGUGCCCGGUGAGGACGUGAAAUUCCGCUGUUCUGCUUCCAGCAUGUUCUCAGACAUAACGUUUUACCUCUACAAAGUCGGCGAAUCUGGGCCCAUCGCCUCAGUAGGGCCGACUGCAGCUUCCAACGCGAUACUAAACGUUGAAAAUCUAACCAGUUUUCAAGAGUCCUUCUUUACCUGCAUGUUCAAAGUUUCAGCUGGUAGCCGGCUCUACUCGUCAACGCAUAGCGAUCGGGUGAAGAUAUCUGUAUCAAGUGUGACCGAGAAACCCAGCAUAUCAGUGAAGAAUCCUUUUUCAGUUUAUCCUCAAGGUCAGCAGCUCACCAUUGUGUGCACUGCACCAAAGCAAUACACUCCGAGAGAUUUUCAAUUAUAUAAAGGACAAACAGUGGCAGUUACCAGAGUGACACUGCGUGGUGCCUAUGCCGAGUUUGCCAUCUUGAAUACAAGCAUGGCGGACCAAGGCGAAUAUUUCUGUUCGUACCAGACCAGUGUGGGAAAUCGACCUUACAACUCGAAGCUCAGCGACGCGCUUACGCUAUCCAUUGCAGUAAAUAUGCAGCAGCGUCUGGUGAAUGGAAGCAAUCGUUGUGCCGGAAGGGUCGAGAUUUAUUUCGGUGAGGAGUGGGGGACUAUCUGCGACGACCAUUGGGGAUUACUCGACGCCCAGGUCAUCUGCAGAGCCAUGGGAUGUGGGUAUGCAAUUUCGGCUCCGACGCACGCUCGUUUUGGAAGGGGCCCAGGACCCAUAUGGUUAGAUGACGUUGCCUGUCGCGGGAAUGAGUCUGCCCUAUGGCAUUGCAGCAGCAGGUUCUGGGGCCAGCAUAACUGCCACCAUGGAGAAGAUGCAAGUGCUAUCUGUUCUGGGCUAAAGCCAACAAUCAGAUUGGAACCAAAUUUCAGCAUAUUUGUGAAAGGAGAGUCGGUUACGGUUAAAUGCAUAAUAGGGAACCACAACUCAAGCCGAGGAGUUGAUUUUUACAAGAACGAUUUUUACCUGGCACAUCGAGAGCUCAGAGAAGGUGAUAAAUCUGCCGUUAUUCAGGUGGCCAAUCUAACCACGCAGGACGUGGGGAAUUACACCUGUAUGUUUCGAAAUGAAGUUGCGGAGUCCACAGUCAAUUCUUCGCUGAGUACUCCCGUGUACAUAGCCGUUACAGAUGCUCUACAAACACCGAAAAUUGACAUAGUGACGAUUGGAGGGCGGAAGCUUAUAAACUGCACAGUUACAAACAUCUUGAGAAACAGUACGAUGUAUUUACUAGAGUUAAGGGAAAACGGUGCCAGGCAAGUGCAGCACAUGCAAAUGUCGAAUUCCACGUCGACCUUCCCUUUGAACGAGACCGAAGACGGUGUUGAAGUUCGCUAUGUUUGUUUGUACCAAGUCGUUGUAAAUGGAAGACCGCUCAACUCAACGUAUACUGAAUCUGUUCAAUUACCUGUUCCAGGCACAUCCAACGUCAAGUCAAUUAUUGGUUGGUUCCUCGCUGUUCUGAUCGCGUUGCUGGCUCUCUUGGUUUCUGUAUAUUACUUCCGGAAGACAAACACUUCCAGUAACAAACGCGAAUACAGAAUUUACGUCCGAGAGCGAUUGCUUGACGAUGUUACCCAUAUAGAGGCCAUAGAUGAGGAACCUUCAUUUUAGUCACCGAAUGCUGGGACUAGCUACAUGUUUUAUAAUUAGCAUACAAGGAAUGGUAUUGCUAUUUAAAUUCGUAGAAGUGAACCGCAGUUGUACAAAGGCGGUGUAAACAACCAUUUUUUUUACUCAAUAACAUCAAGGCUUAAUUUCUAGUGAUAUGCUUCCACACAACUGUUUUGAUUAUUUUUAUUUUAUGCUAUUAACAAUCCUGAUAAACGAGUUCUUCACGCAAGCAAGCAUAGCUGAUGAAAGCCGGAGUAUGCUGCACACGAUUUAUUAUCAUUUGAUUCACUGAAAAAAAAAUUACGGAGCGUUUUCCAUUAGCAUGAUUUGAAUUUCAAUUUUUCGGACUGUUCAUGUACCUUUGCUGAGUUUUUAAAAUGAUAAACCGAUCAAUGGUU